UACUGCUGCAUUUUCAGUGUAGUAACUCCUUUAAGAACGACUAUGGACAUUUUGCACAAGGGGACUGGUGUGUGUGCUGCCUUGCUUGUGGUUUGGUGUGUGCAGGUGCAGUCAGAGCAGAGCUGUGAUCAGACAGAGUUCUUGCACGCUAAUGGCACGUGUGUUGCUUGCCCUGCAUGUGAGCCUGGACAGCAGCUCUCAGAGGAUUGUGGAUUUGGAGAUGGUGGUGACGGAGUCUGCACACCGUGUGAGGACGGGAAGUUCAGCUCACAUUCAGGUGUCGCUCCCUGCUCAAGAUGCACCAAGUGUAAUCUGCUGAACCGCCUGCAGAGGACGCCAUGCUCCCCCACUACUGAUGCCCUGUGUGGACAGUGCCUCCCAGGGUAUUAUGAACUGAAGAGCAUGGUCGGAGAAGUGGAGAUAUUCUGCGUACCCUGUUACCGGCAUGACACGGUCCAUAAAGAAUGUUUGCUUUUCAAAUCUCAGACCUUUAAAGCAAAGACUGACAUCACUGAGUCCAGAGGAAAUGUCAAAGACCCUGAGGAGAAGAGUGAGUUUACUCAAACAAGUUUGUUCCUUCUCUGGACUUUCUUUGAGUUAACAUAUUAGUGUUUUUUUUUUUUUUUUUUUCAUUCAAUGAAGAAGAAGAAAAAAUAUCCGUGGUCCUGAUUGGUUCAGCGACAGCUUCCUCAAUGUUUG